UUAGUUGCACUUGUUAGUGCAACAGGAAAAUGUAGACUGAAAACAGAGGCAGUUUGUCAGCGUUAUGUGACACAAAACCGCUCAGGGCGCGCACGCUAGCUAACUCGUUGUACUUUAUGAUGGAUAAUGAGGCUGAUGUCUUUUAUCGGCAGCUUCCAAAAGUGGAGCUUCAUGCCCACCUCAACGGCUCGGUCAGCUCUCAGACCAUCGAGAAACUCAUCAAACGAAAACCUCAUCUCAACAUUGAGCACAGCAUGACUGCUAUCGGCAAAGGCCAGCGGAGGACAUUGGAUGAGUGUUUUCAGGUCUUCAAGGUCAUACAUCAACUGGUGGACACUGAGGAGGACAUCCUGAUGGUGGCCAGAGAUGUAAUCCGGGAGUUUGCAGCUGACUCUGUCAAAUAUUUAGAGCUGAGAAGUACACCGAGGGAGGAGAAAAGCACAGGACUGACAAAAAAGAAAUAUAUUGAAACUGUCAUCAGAGCCAUCCAGCUGUGUAAAAACGAGGGGUUGGACAUUGAUGUCAGGUUUCUGGUGGCGAUUGACCGCAGGAAUGGGGAAAAAGUUGCCAUGGAGACAGUGGAGCUGGCUGAGGAGUUUCUGAUGUCCUCUGAUGAUUUGGUGGUGGGACUUGACCUGAGUGGAGAUCCAACGGUGGGUGAUGGAAAAUCUCUACUUCCAGCUCUACAGAGAGCAAAGAACUGUGGGCUGAAGUUGUCGCUGCACCUCGCAGAGGUACCGUCCCAGCUGGAGGAGUCAGAUUUGCUGCUGAAUCUUCCCCCAGACAGGAUCGGUCACGGCACCUUCUUACAUCCUGAAGUAGGUGGAUCUCAAAGUCUGGUUGACAAAGUGUUGAAGAACAACAUACCACUGGAGCUAUGUCUGACAUCAAACAUUAAAGGACAAACUGUGCCAUGUUACACCGAACAUCACUUCAAAUACUGGUACCAGCUGGGACAUCCAAGUGUAAUUUGUACUGAUGAUAAGGGAGUCUUCUGUACAGACUUGUCUCAGGAGUAUCAGCUGGCAGCUUCCACGUUUGGUCUCAGUCAUGAAGCCAUAUGGAAGCUCUCCCACCAGGCCAUAGAUUGUAUCUUUGCACCAGAGACCUGUGAAACAGCAGCUCAGGCAGAAGUGGAUUGAUUUACAGCCUCAGGUAUUCCACUGACUCAUUCAGUGAAGCCUAAAGCCAGUCAUAUACCUCAGGCUUCAAUUUUUAAACUAACUUUUUACAAGUCUUUGUAGAAAUCAUGACAUUAAAACAGUUUUUGAAAUAA